ACUCAGAGUUUCCAGUUCAGUGGUACAGCCUGUUAUCCUGGAACAGCAUGCUAGCCAGCCAUAUGCAUGCACAGCUGCUAGCUAGCAGCAGACGACGCGGCGAUUUCCAAGAACUUGAAAAGAAAACAAGACUCGUCGACUCUGAUCUUGCCAGUUGCAUUGCAUUGCCACUAAACCGGUCUAACAAGUUAGUAUAAAAAGCUGGCUGUGAGGUAAAAAUUUCAUUAGCCUUCAACUCUUCAUACUACCUCGUCGUGAUCAACAUCAGGAUCAACGAUGGUUUGGUCAAAUGUAGCUUUGUUAGCUGUGUGCUUCGUAUUAUCGCUGUCUGCCGUGCAGUUUGGUGGAGCCGAAGUCGAAAGGGGCUUAGUAAUAACGUUUCCUGAGAAGGUCCACCUGAAUUCAACAGAAAGAGUAUGUUUCACUGCCGCAAAUGUCACAGGAAAUAUGCGUAUCGAAGUGAAGUUUGUCUACGGGUUAGCAGUUGGACACAUUAGUGACUGGACUGGUGCAGAAACAGAUGGAUGUUUGAAUAUUUCUACACAGGUCAAUCAUGGAUCUCUGCCUCGUGAAGUACAUAAUCGCCAUCGUCCUCCAAGACAAGGGCAGAUUGAUUUGGAAUGGUAUGUUGAAAGGACACCAGGUAUUCUGACCUUGGAAAAAACAUACAUCAGAAAUGUCGCUGUUGUGCCUCUCAGGACUCAGACCUUUAUCCAGUCAGAUAAACCAAUCUAUCAACCAGGACAAAAAGUUCUUUUCCGAGUGAUGACUUUACUAUACCCCAGCUUGCUUCCUGAUACUGAAAACAGGAAUGAUAUUUGGGUUACGUCUCCCAGUGGGACAAGAAUACAGCAGUGGAGAAAUCAAAUCAGUAGUGAUGGCCUGCUUGAUGUGACCUUUGAGCUUGCUGAAGAACCUGAGCUUGGAGACUGGAGGAUACAUGUUCAAGUGUUUCAUCCUCGUAGAACAGUAACAACAUCACAAGUCUUUAAAGUUCAAGAAUAUGUGCUGCCAAAGUUUGAUGUUUCAAUUCGUCAUCCAUCCUUUAUCUAUGCUGGUGCUACUGAUCCAAUCACUGUGACGAUAUGUGCAAAGUAUACGUAUGGUCAGCCUGUACGAGGUCACAUCUCUGCAGUUAUUGCAGUUUUUGACCAAUUUGACAGACUUCCAGGGACGAGCAGCAUGGUAUUUGAAGAGGAAGCUGACGAGGACACAGGUUGCAAAGAUAUUACUGUUGAAGCUGAGAGUUUAUUGCGAGAAGCACUUCAGUCAAGCUAUUUUCGCCGUCAGCUGAGCUUGUAUGUCUCUGCUCAUUUCACAGAAAGGGGCACAGGUGUAAUGAUGAAUGCUACUAGUAGAGAUGCUAAGAUUGAGAAGGACAUUUUUUCAAUCAAGAUUAAAGGCCCGGAUUAUUUCAAACCCUUACUACCAUACCGUGGAAAGGUUGUAUUGACUUAUCCUGAUGGUUCACCAGUAGGCUUCAAGACAGUGAUAGUUUUGUGUCGUGAUGACCGUCAGUCCUAUGAAACCCAAGCCGAUGGAACAGCUGACUUCAUGAUUGAUACAACUCACAGAUCUUCAAUUGCCUCAUUAAGCAUUAGGGCAGAAGUAGAUGAGGCUUCCCAGGCUGAUUUACCAGAAUAUUUCUCUUGGCCCCAUACUUCACCGGUAUUCAAGUGGAUCACAGCAUGGUAUUCUCCAAGUGGUUCAUUUCUUCAAAUCUCAGAUAUCACAGAUACAUUAUCUAUUAAUCAGCCCGUUCCUGUUCAUCUCCAUUUCACAUUGCCAAGGAAUGAGACACAGAUCACUUUCUUUUACAGGAUUAUUUCUGGAGGAAGAAUCACAGCUAGUGGUAAAUACAGCUGGACCAACAACAUUGAAAGCACAGCUGAUAGAGAUCUACCCAUUAUUCAGUCUGAGAUCAUCUCUCGAAUCGCAGCCUCUAGCUCAGCCUCUUCACGAUCUAGACGUCAACUCAGACGUCGUUCCUCUGUUAUUUGGCGACGAUAUGAAGAUGUUGCCCCUGAGUUACCAAACUAUCACAGGAAUGGCACCAAAGCCAGUGCCGUCUUUUUCUUCAAUGCAAUCUCUGAAAUGUCUCCAAAUAGUAAAAUCCUUGUCUAUUAUAUCCGGAAUGAUAAUGAAGUGGUCAGUGCAAGCACUAACUUAAAAAUGGCAGCUGCUUUUAAGAAUCAGGUAUCGGUUGAGUUUCUAAAUGAGAGGGUGAUACGACCAGGUCAAACUGCUUCUAUAGCUCUCAAUGCUAGAAAUGGCUCACUCUGUGCUUUGGGUGUUGUUGAUAAAAGUGUACAUAUCAUAGGUGGAGACAAUCAACUUUCUAAAGAAAAGGUGAUGAAUCCUUUGAAUAGUUUGAGUUCAGUCCAAGGUACACUAAACGGUAGCUGCCCUACAGAUUCUUCACAUUUAUUCUCAAGCAAGCAUGCUGAUAGUGCAGAAGGAUUUAGGAAAGCUGAUGUUGGUUUCUAUAGUGAUCUUAAGUUAGAAACCAGACCUUGUUGGGAAAGAAGGACACCUCCCUGCACUUAUUGGCAUUGCUUUAGAGAUUCCCACAGUAUCCUUGCGAAGUUGCCACAAAAUGGGAUGCCAGGACAAAUUCUCUUUGCUCCUGUAGCAAUGCAAUUUGAUGUGGAUAUGGUUAGAAAUGUAGAAGAAGAUACUCCAGGGCAAGAAGAAGCACCGAUCACUGAACUGCGUAAUUACUUCCCAGAAACAUGGCUCUGGAAACUCAAUAGAAUAGGAUCUGCAGGUCAACGUGUGAUAGAAGAAGAGAUCCCACACACCAUUACUGAGUGGGUUGCUAAUGCUUUCUGUCUGUCAUCUCAGUAUGGAAUAGGAGUAGCAGAGACUACAUCCAUCCGAGCAUUCCAACCUUUCUUUCUUUCCUAUACUAUUCCAUACUCUAUCAUUCGAGGUGAGAAGGCACCGGUCAAAGUGACUGUCUUCAACUACCUCAGUCAAUGCCUCAAUAUCCGACUAUCCAUGACUGAGUCUUCAAAUUUCACAAUUGAGACCCGCCCUGAAUCAGAGACUGUAGAGGUUUGUGGUAACUCUGCUGAUACUUUGGAAUAUGAGAUCAUACCUACAGCUCUUGGUGACAUCCCAAUCAGAGUUACUGCUGUCGGUGAACCAAGUUCUGAUCGUGGUGAUCUUCCAAACGAUGCUACCAUCACUGAUGCUCUGGAGGAUACAAUACUUGUUGAGCCUGAGGGUGCGGAACGAGAGGAGACCUUUAGUGAGUUGAUCUGCCCUCAUGAUGAAAGUAAUGGAGUUUUUGAGCAGACCAUAUCUCUAGAUCUCCCAUCGGUAGUAGUAGAAGGAUCUACACGUGGAAGAGUACAGGUUAUAGGUGACAUCAUGGGACCAGUGAUGUCAAACCUUGAUAGUCUAUUGAGGAUGCCGUUUGGAUGUGGAGAGCAGAAUAUGAUUUUCAUGGCUCCUAACAUCUAUGUCAUGCAGUAUCUCUCUCUCACCAACCAGCUAACGUCAGAAAUUAAAGAAAAAGCACUCAAGUUCAUGGCAAGUGGAUAUCAGAGAGAACUUGGAUACCAGCUAAUGGAUCACUCCUACAGUGCCUUUGGACAGAGUGAUGGGGUAGGAAGUACAUGGUUGACAUCAUUUGUUCUGAAGUGCUUCAGCCAAGCGAGAGAUUUCAUGGACAUUGAUGAGAGAGACUUGGCCAGGACAAAACAAUGGCUGAUAAGCAAUCCUCAAGAUCGUGCCAAUGGCUGCCUUGUCACGAGAGGACGUGUCAUCCACAGAGAGAUGCAGGGUGCAGUAACAAGUCCAGUAACGAUGACAGCAUUUGUUCUCAUAUCAUUAAUGGAGGCUGGUGGUGACCCUCAGGAACAUUCCCUGGCAUCUAGCUUUAACUGCCUUCGAUCUAACAUUGAGAAUAAUGGAGCAAGCAUGGAUACAUACACUCUAGCUAUCAGUAGUUACGCUCUAGGUCUCGGUGGAGACUACGUCACUCAAGCCAUAGCCCUCAACUUACUGAAUAGCAGGGCCCAUGGAAAUGCUGCUGGGAGAUACUGGAAGAGAUCAGAACUGCCAAGCAUGGAUGAAGAAGACCAUCCCCAUUGUCAUAGCUUCUGUAAGACUGACUCCUCUGCUGUGGAAAUAACUUCUUACGUCCUUCUAGCCUACAUGCACCGUAAUAUGCCUGCUAGUGAUGUUCUGAUACAAACCAUGCCAAUGGUUAAAUGGCUCAACACACAACGCAAUGGCAAUGGUGGCUUUUCAUCAACUCAGGAUACCGUACUUGGACUCCAAGCAUUGUCUGAAUUUGCAGAACUUGCCUAUGACCCUGAGGUACCGCUGGAUAUAACCAUAGAUGUCUCUGCUACGAGGGCUUCUCCUAAUAGCCCUCAGGAGCUUAGUUUUACUGUUGAUCAUCACAACAGUCUGGUUUUACAGAGGGAAGAGCUUGAGGAGAUACCAACAGAACUGACAUUGACAGCUACAGGCAGGGGAUGUGUUCUAUUCCAGGCUGAAAUGAUGUACAAUGUACCAGUUUCAAGUCCCAAUCGUCGCCUCUUUGACAUUACCACAAUGGUUAGAGAUUGGGAGACCAAUACUGUCACUGAAUCAGGAGCGUGUGGAGAUAAGAUCAUAGACAUCUGUAUCAGGUAUGUUGGGAGUGAUAACGAGACUGGAAUGGCCACAAUGGAGGUCAAGAUGGUUUCUGGUUACGUCCCUCAUGAACAAUCUCUGAAUGAAUUACAGCGUGAAUUUGGUCAUUUUAUCGGCCUCAAGCGCUUUGACAAAUACAAGCCAGGAGAACCUCUCUCACUUUACUUUGAUAAGUUUGAUAAUGUUCUACGCUGCAUACCCAUUAAACUGAAGCAAGAGAUGUUUGUCAAGGAUACUAAGGAUGCAGUUAUCAAAGUCUAUGACUAUUACAAACCAGCUGUGGUUGGCCUCAAGAGCUACAAUACAUGUGAAGCUGAAGACCAAAAUUGAAGACUGCACUAGUCUAAUAAUUGCAAUAGCUAGCGCAUUAAUCUAUGCAAAAGACAAUGGUUUGGCUUGCCAUAUAUAAAACCACAAAUAAUUGUAUAUGUAAAUAUCCCACAACUAUGGACCAAAUUUAGAUACUUUUAUUGCGAUUCCAUACAUCAUGCACAUGUUUAUUUUCAGUGCACAUUAUGUUUUUAUUUGGUGCUAAUUAUUUCUUAAGCUUUGCAUUUUGGGCACCAACAUUCAUCUUCAUGAAAAUCUCAAUAGAAUCAAAAUGAAAAUUCUUCAAAAUCCAUUUUGAGUAGUCUAGAACUCAAUGUUACUAUAUAUGUGGAAGAAUUCUAAAAGUACUCAUAAACAAGGUUUGUACUGACAUUUUUAUUUUAUUGUAUAAAUUGUGUGUAUAUGAACAUGUCAUUUUGGUAGGGAACUGAAGUCUCAAUGAUAAUAUGUUCAAAUGUGUUAACCCAUGUUAUUGAAAAAAGAAGAAGAUAAUUUGGAUUAGGAGAGAUGCAAGAAUAGGUAUUUCUCUAUCAACUGUAAAAUGUUUGUGCUUUUAUGAUUGAAAACAAUUUAUUUUUACAUUUGUGUAUUCUAAUUUUUCUACUGUACAUGUUCUCUCCAAACCCCCAAGAAAUGUACCCACAUUGUGCUGCACUCAACCCAGGUGAGGUAAAUGGGUACCUGGUAGAAAUGUAUUCCUUGAAAUGCAGAGCGCGUAACAGCUACUCUAAUAAAGCCAGGGUCAUUAUGCUGGAUUACUGUAGAGUGCUUUGAUACUCCUGAUAAAGUAAGUGUUACGCGCAAUAUAAGCAAGUAUAAUUAUCAUUAUUGUGUAUGUAUGUUUAGGUUUUGGAUGGGGUUUUUCUCUGAUGUAAAAAAAGAAAGUAUAUUGUAAUUAGUUGAUAUUUUAAAGUCUUUCCAUAGUAGGUUUUUCGGAUUCAUGUUAAUCUGAUUCUGUUGCCUGAGGACAAAGCUCUUGUUCAACUUCUCGUAGGCCAUCUCAUCUAUACAUUGAUUUCACUAGAAUUUAUAGUAACAGAUUUACUGUUAGCUGUAAAAACAAAUAAUUGUAUAUAAUUAUGAAGUAUGGUAAUGACUGAUGUGAUUUGAAAACAAAAUAGAAGAUUAAUAUGUUCACUGUGUGUACUCUGUACCAAUGGUGCUUUAUUUGUAAACGUAUAGUGACUAUUUUACCUACAUUUUUUUGUUUUUAUUGUAAGAUGACUAUUUUUCUAUAUUGAACAAAACCAAUUUUCUUGACUAAUUGAUCUUGCCAAAAUUAAUAAAUGGUAUAAUAUUUUUAUACUUACAAUGUAUUUUUAUAGCCAAUAAUUUUUUUUAUAUUUAGUAUAUACCCAAUAUUUGUUAUGAAUUUAAUAAUUUGUUAAAACAUAAAUGAUGUAAGUGCCUGGCAUACCCCAGUGUCUUGCACACUUGUCAUAUCCAAAUAAGUCAUUAAAAAGAUAUCAUUCUUA